UCUAUAAAAAUCUGUGCAUUAAUCAUUUACGUUCAAAUCCUUCUCGGGCUUCCAAAAUGGCAGUAAAAACCGGAAUACUUUUCUUCACCCUGCUCGUGGGAUGUCUAGCUAUCCCCAAGCCCGCGUCGGAUGACCUGUCCCAGUUCUUCGAGCAUGCCAACCCAGAUUCCCGCAUCGUCGGCGGGACGGUGGCAGCCAUCGGCGCCCACCCUCACAUGGUGGCCAUGAGCAACGGUCUCCUGAUCAGGAGCUUCGUUUGCGGUGGCUCUCUCAUCUCCUCCCGCACUGUUCUGACCGCUGCCCACUGCAUCGCUGCUGUCUUCAGCUUCGGCUCUCUGAGCAGGUAUGAUAAUUAUAUCGGCCGUAGCAGCCUUCUGUUGUUUUAUUAACGUUGCCCACCCCCA